CUGCUAAUGUGUGCUGUUGACUUUUUAGCCACGUGAAGGCGUGUAGAGAGUCUUCCUGAUAUUCUGCAGUAUGUGGUUUGGCCCCUGUCUUCGUUUACUGGAGAACAGGCUGCGUCCCGAAAGAUUGUCUUAUCAUGGGCUGACAUUACUGUAGAAACGCCAGCUGAUAGGACAAAUCCAGCCCAACCAAACUUCAUGGCCACUCACACAACAUGACAUUUGGAGCACAUGGGAAGGGAAACACCAAACUGUUUUAAAGGAGAUAUAUUUUUACAGAAUAAGCCACGGAGUGAUAUCAUCUUCGAUUUAUGGGUGUGUGGAUGGAAAGUAGUUAAGUUACACUAAAGAUUGCUGGCCUGCUGACCACAGAUGAACUAUAUUAGUGGUUAUAGUGAUUCAGUGCAGCAGGGGUUUGUCCUGAAUGUGUUCAGCAGUCAGCGGUGUACUUCCCCUGAGGAUCAGCUGUGAGGGACUGCCAAACCCUGGACGACUGCAUGGGGAGGUAUCAAUGUCCACCAAUGUCACUGGAUUACGGACACAUCGUUCCCCCCAGAAUUUGGAGAUGGACUUGGCCUGGCAGGAACUAAUGGCCAUCACAGAACUUCAGGAGUUUGAGGAACCCAAUGAGAAUCCUUUCGAAGCAAUUCCAUACCUCUCCAUGGAGCCCAUGGUAUCUCAAGGGGGGUUCGGGAUGAAUCAGCCACAGCCUGAAUCCAUUCCAGCCACUUGUGAUGCCCAUCCUUCUGGUGUAUAUGAAAGCGCAUACCCGGAAAUGAUGCCACCCUAUCCACACAUGGAUAUGCACUACGGUCUUGCUGGUGGCCACGGUUCUUCCAGAAUGCUUGCAAAUACACAAGGUUUUCACCCACCUCUUAUGAGCCUUUUGGAGCACAUGAACAUGACUACACGUGGUCAUGGGAUUGUGAAAGAUGGUAUUAUUAAUUUUCACUCUACAGGACAAAUCAAACAAGUUUGUACAGAUGAUCUGGAGUCAGAUUCUGGUUUGUCGCUUGGUUCGAGUCCGCCGCUCGCUUCUCCUGAGAACGCAGUACAUGGAGUUCCUGCAUAUUUGCCUACUGAUAUUUCUACAGGCUAUGCUGAAAGUGAAAGUAUUGGGGAACAAUGUCGCCUACGACCUAAUCUGCAUGGGGCUGUUGACUACCAGCAGUCAUACAGCUCAUAUCCUGGAGCUUCUUUUCCAACAUCUGCAAACAUGCCAUCUAGCAACCUGCACACUUACAGUCCGGUGGCAUCAAUAAAGCAACCAGUUUUGCCCACAGCCUUGGAUGAUCUACAGCUAAAUAGCUCAAGAGUAGGUUCAUAUCAGUCCCCAUACCCAAAGUGUAAAUCCAGCAGUGUUCCUGUACCCCUCAGCAGAGAUGAACGGCGAGCCCUCGCUCUUAAAAUCCCAUUCUCACUGGAAAAGAUUGUGAACCUACCAGUGGAUGACUUCAAUGAGCUCUUGACCCAAUUCACACUGAACGAUGCUCAGCUGGCACUUGUAAGGGAUAUUCGCAGAAGAGGAAAGAACAAAGUUGCGGCUCAGAACUGUCGUAAACGGAAGUUGGAGAAUAUUGUGCAUUUAGAAAGUGAGCUGGGACAGCUCCGAGCCCAAAGAGAACAUUUAGCCAGAGAGAGACUGGAGUUUCAGCAAAACAUAGCCAUCAUCAAAUGUCGGCUCUCAGAUCUUCACACCCAAGUGUUUUCCCAGCUGCAUGAUGAGGAGGGACAUCCAUAUUCAGUUGAUGAAUAUUCACUACAGCAAACGAAUGAUGGCAACAUUUACUUCGUGCCACGGAAUGCAGCACUGGCUGGUGAAUGAAUGUUUGAUUAAAGUGAUAGUUCACCCAAAAAUGCAUUAAUUCUGUCAUCAUUUACUAACUUUACUGCUUCCAACCCAGUUUGAAAUUCUCACUUCCGUUGAAACAAAUAAGAUGUAGUUUAAAAAAUAAAAAAAAGCUCCAGACCAGUAACCAGACGUCACUAGCAGGAAAAACAAGUUCUACGGAAGUCAGUGGUUACAGGUUUUCUGCUUUCUUCAAAAUAGCGUAGUGUUUAACAAACUCAUGACGCAAUCAUGAAUUAGUUAGCAUUUUUGGGUGAACUCUACCUUUAAAGGGGUGUCUAAACCUGAGUAGAGCCACUGUGCAUGUGGAUUUGCUUCUGCACCAAUUAAGCAUGAGUGAACCUACAAAUGCAUCAUCAGCCUCACUACAUAUGGUCUAAUCAAGUGUUGCAAAAGAAUCUGUAUUACACUGGUCCUCCAUGAGCAGGAUUAGACACCCCUUCACUUAAUCCUUAAAGGCUGAGUAAGAGGUAAAUGUUAUGAUCAAUGAAUUACAUCUUUUAAAUCAUGUGUUGACAAUUUACAAAAUGACUAAGAAUAUGUGCCAACACAAAAGCAUACAUGUAUAAAAUAAAAAAAUAGAAGAAAACAUUAACGCUAAAGUUUAGACUUUUCAAUGUAUACAGAGUUCCCAUUGGAAGACAAAAGUCAAAUUUGAUUAAAAAAAAAAAAA